UGGGUUCUGAUUGAUUGAGAAAUGUUGUUUCGUUAAUGGAUUUUCGUUGAUAAUGUAUCCUUUUGCUUUCUUGGGACGGCUGGCGGAUUUUUCUUUGCAUCAGUUUUUGAUGCAUUGGUUUUUCAGUCAAACAGGCGGCCUAUGCAAAACCGAAAUCUGCAUGAAAAUCAAUUAAUUUAUUCGUUUAUGGUAGCUAGGAAGAACAAAAUAUUGUGGCCAGCCGCUCCAACUAUGAUGUUUGAGACUCAAUUUCGAAUUCAAUCAUGGUGAAAACACCAAACCACAUGAUAAUCUCAGCUGCAAAGAAAGUUUGGUAAUAUAAUGGAGGCCAGUGCAGGCUUAGUAGCUGGUUCUCACAACCGGAACGAACUUGUUGUGAUCCGUCGCGAUGGAGAGUUCUUGCGAACGCCGCUAGAGCAGUUAAUCAGGAAAAUAUGCCAGAUAUGUGGAGAUGAUGUUGGAUUGACAGUUGAUGGAGAGCUGUUUGUGGCUUGCAACGAAUGCGCCUUCCCCAUUUGUAGGACUUGCUACGAGUACGAGCGUCGUGAAGGAAGCCAGGUAUGCCCUCAGUGUAAAACCAGGUUCAAACGUCUCCAAGGCUGUGCCAGGGUCGAUGGGGAUGAAGAAGAGGAUAACAUUGAUGACCUCGAGAACGAGUUCAAGCAGCAGGAUUUCGCGCUUGUGCCUGUAGAGCUUGUCUACGGUGCCCUGCCUUCUCAAGUCCUCCUUCUCACUGAUGGUAGCACGGUUGAUGAUAUCCCACAUGAACAACAUGCUCUGGUCCCUGCAUAUGGUCGUGUUGGUAAAAGAGUUCAUCCUCAUUCUUCGGCUGAUUACUGCCUUUCAGUUCCAGCAGCUCAACCUAGAUCGUUGGACCCGUCAAAGGAUUUAGCAGCGUACGGCUAUGGUAGUGUAGCCUGGAAAGAGAGGAUGGAGAAUUGGAAACGGAAGCAAGAGAGAAUAAAUGCUAAGCAUGAAAAUGGAGGCAAAGAUUCUGAUGAUGAUGGAGAAGGACCCGAUCUAUCCUUGAUGGUUGAGGCUAGACAGCCACUAUCAAGAAAAGUACCGAUUCCAUCAGGUCAAAUCAACCCUUAUCGAAUGAUAAUUAUUAUCCGUCUUGUAGUUCUCGGAUUCUUCCUCCAUUACCGAAUCACGCAUCCAGUGAACGAGGCAUAUGCACUGUGGCUUGUAUCAAUUAUAUGUGAAAUUUGGUUUGCAGUUUCAUGGAUUCUUGAUCAGUUCCCAAAAUGGCUCCCAAUUGAUAGGGAAACCUACCUGGAUAGAUUGUCUUUAAGGUACGAAAAGGAGGGUCAACCUUCUGAGCUUUCACCAAUUGAUAUAUUUGUGAGUACAGUAGAUCCCUUGAAAGAACCCCCUUUAGUCUCCGCAAACACGGUGUUGUCAAUUCUUGCAGUAGACUAUCCUGUAGAAAAGGUGUCCUGCUAUGUGUCUGAUGAUGGAGCUGCCAUGUUGACGUUCGAAGCCUUGUCAGAAACAAUGGAGUUUGCACGGAAAUGGGUACCUUUUUGCAAGAAAUUUAAUAUUGAGCCCAGGGCACCUGAGUGGUAUUUUGCUCAAAAGAUGGAUUAUCUCAAGGACAAGGUGUUGCCUUCAUUUGUGAAGGAGCGACGAGCUAUGAAGAGAGAGUAUGAAGAGUUCAAAGUUCAUAUUAAUUCUUUGGUUGCUAAAGCGCAAAAAGUUCCAGAAGAAGGGUGGACAAUGCAGGAUGGGACCCCUUGGCCUGGAAAUAACGUCCGAGAUCAUCCUGGAAUGAUUCAGGUAUUUCUAGGCCAAAGCGGGGGGCAAGACACUGAUGGAAAUGAAUUACCGCGUUUGGUAUAUGUCUCCAGGGAAAAAAGACCUGGUUUUAAUCACCACAAAAAGGCUGGUGCAAUGAAUGCACUGGUUCGUGUCUCUGCCAUUCUCACCAAUGCUCCUUAUUUGUUGAAUUUGGAUUGUGAUCACUACAUCAAUAAUAGCAAGGCUCUCAGGGAAGCAAUGUGCUUUAUGAUGGAUCCUUUGUUACGGAAAAAGGUUUGCUACGUACAGUUUCCCCAGAGGUUUGAUGGAAUUGAUAGGAGUGAUCGAUAUGCUAACCGGAACACUGUGUUCUUUGAUAUUAACAUGAAAGGCCUGGAUGGGAUACAAGGGCCUAUCUAUGUUGGGACUGGCAGUGUGUUCAGGAGACGAGCAUUUUAUGGUUAUGAUGCCCCAAAGUCAAAGAAGGCUCCUGGAAGAACCUGCAAUUGCUUGCCUAGGUGGAGUCUUUGUUGUUCUGAAAGUAAGAAAAAGAAAGCUAAAAUGGCUACUUCUGCUGAGAAGAAAAAGGAUUCUAAAGACAAUCUGAAGACACAAUCACUUACUUUGCAGGAAAUUGAAGAGUCCAUUGAAGUAACCGAGAGUGAGAAAAAACCUGUGCUUCCUAAGGAGAAACUAAAGAACAAAUUCGGUCAAUCCUCUGCUUUCGUUGCGUCAAUACUAAUUGAAGAUGGUGGAAUCCUUAAAAAUGCUAGCCCUGCCUCUUUGUUGAAGGAGGCCAUUCAUGUGAUUAGCUGUGGAUAUGAAGACAAGACAGACUGGGGAAAAGAGAACUAUCAAAAGAACACAAUUCACCCUUCCGGUGUAAUUGAUGAAUCGCUUGAAAUUAUAUACUCUAGUCAUAUAAGACUACACAAGGUUGGGUGGAUCUAUGGUUCUGUUACAGAAGACAUUUUAACUGGUUUUAAAAUGCACUGCCAUGGAUGGCGAUCUAUAUAUUGCGUCUCCUCAAGACCAGCGUUCAAAGGUUCUGCACCCAUAAAUUUAUCAGACCGACUGAAUCAAGUUCUCCGUUGGGCCCUUGGUUCUGUCGAAAUUUUUCUAAGCAGGCACUGCCCGCUCUGGUACGGGUAUGGAGGAGGUUUGAAAUGGUUGGAGCGUUUGUCCUACAUUAACGCAGCAAUAUAUCCGUUGACAUCAAUUCCCCUGGUGGCUUACUGCACCUUGCCUGCCGUAUGCUUGUUAACGGGACACUUUAUAAUUCCUGAGCUUAGCAAUUCUGCUAGUUUGUGGUUUUUGUCCCUCUUUAUCUGUAUAUUUUCGACUAGUAUCCUGGAAAUGAGAUGGAGUGGUGUAGGCAUCGAGGAUUGGUGGAGAAACGAGCAAUUUUGGGUCAUUGGAGGUGUUUCAGCACAUCUUUUUGCAGUCUUUCAGGGAAUCUUGAAAGUACUAGCUGGUGUCGACACGAACUUCACUGUUACUUCAAAAGCAGGAGACGAUGUAGAGUUCUCCGACUUGUACGCAUUCAGGUGGACGACAUUGCUCAUUCCUCCGACUACCCUUCUGAUAUUAAACCUGAUUGGAGUAAUUGCUGGAAUUUCUAAUGCAAUUAAUAAUGGAUACCAGUCUUGGGGACCUUUGGUGGGUAAACUGUUUUUUGCCUUCUGGGUUAUAGUACACUUGUAUCCUUUCCUUAAGGGUCUACUCGGACGCCAGAGCCGGGCACCUACAAUCAUCAUUGUCUGGUCAAUACUACUUGCUUCAAUACUUUCACUUAUGUGGGUUCGAGUAGAUCCAUUCUCGGCCAGGUCUGAUGAGCCUGUAUUGGAAGAAUGUGGGUUGGACUGCAAUUAGUCGAACUAUUCGCAUGUGUCCGGACAUGGAUUCUUACUGAGUUCAUAGCGAAGAUUCCAGUCGUUUUCGAGUAUCGUGAAAAUUAAUCCUUCGAAGAGGUUUCUCAAUCUAGUUUGUCAUGUAUAGUUUGCGCUUGAGUGCUUGCUGAUAAAUGAUGGUUACUAUCUAUUGGCAAUUAAGAGAGCACCACAUCAAGAAAGUGCAUAGGAAUUGAUAUUUACAGAUACAGAUUGGAUUAUAAGACAAGUAUUGCAUACCA